AUUCAAUAUCUACUCAUAAAAAAUAAAAAUAAAAAACUUUAAUCAUGUAUAAACCCCUGGAUACUGCCUGGCUCAGUAGUCAAAUAAGUUUUGUGGACCAUUCCAGUUCACCUGUUUUUAAAAUAAAUAUCCAUCAUGUGAAUGUUGUGUGAAGCAAGCAAAUAGCAAUAAUGGAUUCUUCAUGGGAAGCUAGUGUAACUGAUUCCAUAAAUGCAAUUUACCUUUUAUUCUCUGCUUACUUAGUUUUUGUAAUGCAAUUGGGUUUUGCCAUGCUUUGUGCUGGUUCUGUUAGGGCAAAGAAUGCAAUGAACAUUAUGCUUACAAAUGUAGUUGAUGCUGUUGUUGGUAGUCUUUCAUACUAUCUUUUUGGUUUUGCUUUUGCUUUUGGCGAUUCAAAUCCAUUUAUAGGUGCUAGUUAUUUUGCUCUUAAAGACAUUCCUUGUAGCUCUUAUGACUACAGUUUCUUUCUUUAUCAAUGGGCUUUUGCUAUUGCUGUUGCUGGAAUCACUAGUGGUUCUAUUGCUGAACGUACUCAAUUUACUGCUUAUCUUUUCUUCUCUUUUUUCCUUACUGGAUUUGUUUAUCCUGUUGUUGCUCAUUGGCUUUGGUCUUCUAAUGGUUGGUUAAGUCCAAAUUCAACUUAUCUUCUUUUUGGUUCUGGUGCUAUUGACUUUGCUGGUAGUGGUGUUGUGCAUUUGGUUGGUGGGAUUGCUGGUUUUUGGGGUUCUAUUGUAGAAGGUCCAAGAGUUGGACGGUUUGAUGCGUUUGGUAAUCCUGUCAAAAUGAGAGGACAUAAUGCUACUCUAGUAGUGCUUGGAACAUUGUUGUUGUGGUUUGGAUGGUUUGGGUUUAAUCCUGGAUCAUUCAACAAAAUUCUUGUUGCGUACCCACAUAUGGCUGAUCAAGGUAACUGGACCUCUGUGGGACGGACUGCUGUCACGACUACCCUGGCUGGUUCAACCGCGGGGAUUGUUACCUUGUUUGGACGAAGGUUAUUGGUGGGACAUUGGGAUGCAAUGGAUGUUUGUAAUGGAGUUCUUGGUGGGUUUGUUGCAAUCACUUCAGGUUGUUCAGUGGUUGAACCAUGGGCUGCAAUUUUGUGUGGGUUCUGUGCAGCUUGGGUACUGAUUGGAUUGAACAUUUUAGCGCUUAAAUUCAAAUUCGAUGAUCCGUUAGAAGCAGCACAGUUACAUGGAGGGUGUGGAGCUUGGGGUUUGAUAUUUACAGGGUUGUUUGCUAAAGAAGAAUUUGUGUUACAAGCUUAUAAUUCCGGUAAAACACAAAUCAUACGACCUUCCGGCCUGAUUUUAGGAGGUGGAUGGGGUUUGUUUGGGGCACAAAUAGUUGAACUAUUGAGUAUUGUGGUUUGGGUAAGUUUGACAAUGGGGCCUUUGUUUUAUCUACUUCAGAAACUUGGAAUUUUGAGGAUAUCAUCGGACGAGGAGGUUGCUGGUCUUGAUAUCUCUAGUCACGGAGGUUAUGCCUACGAUGCUAGUCAAGAAGAAAGUAAUGCUCGCUUCUAUGGCGAGUAUUUAAGGAUGCAACAACAAUAAAUAAGGUGCACACCUCAACUAUUCUACCGUAUACAAGAUUGCUUUCAUCAAAUGUAUAUAUAUGCAACUUUGUAAUUUGCUCACAUCCUUGCUGUAUUUACGGGCUUCUUAGCUAUUAAAUUAUCUCUGCUUUUGAUUCAAUGAGCAUGUAUAUAUUGUAUUUGUGGAAUAUAUGAUAGAACCCUCGUUUAAUUAUGACGUUUAUUAUUAUUGCAGCCA